AUGGAGAACUUCACUUCCACCACCACCAGUCUCCUGAACACCUCUGAGUGCUUCCCCGUGGACAACAGCACACGCAGAAGAGCCUUCAUCUUCUUCUACCUGUUCAUCAUCAUAGCCUCCAUCCCACUCAACUGCUUCUUCCUGUUCAUCUCCUGGCAGCACAUUCGCCAGAAGAACGAACUCGGCGUCUACCUCUUCAACCUGGCCCUCAGCGACCUCACCUUCACCAUCGGGUUGAGUUUCUGGUUGGACUUCCUUUGGCGCGGCGUCUGGGGUCACGGGGGCUUAGUUUGCAUCAUUUCCAUCUACUGCCUCUUCACCAACUUCUACAUGAGCGGCGCCCUCCUCUGCUGCGUCGCGUUCAACCGCUAUCUCGCCGUGGUCCACCCGUUCAAAUGCAAAUUCGUUCGGAAAACCAGCACGGCCGCUUGCGUUUGCUUCGCCAUCUGGGUUUUAGUGAUUAUCUUCAACGCCAACACUAUAUCUUCAGAAGACAGCGAUCAAAGUGGAGCCCCCGUGUGUUUUGACAUACUGCAACCUCUGACGACUAACAUGGCGCGGGCUAACAUUCUCCGGUUCGCUCUGGGUUUCGUGGUUCCGUCGCUGGUCUUGUUCUUCACGACUUGGGGUAUCUUCAGGGCGGUUCAGACCAACCAGGCCACGCAAGCGCAGGAGUCCAAGCGCGUCGCGAAGCUGCUCCUCAUGGUUUUGCUGUGUCUCGAGGUCUGCUUCGGGCCCGUACACGUGAUGAUGCUCGUCCGUACGUUGGUGAAGGACUGCGAGACCAUCCAGUCGUUGCUGUACCCGCACAAAGUCGCCAUAGCCGUCUCGUGUCUGAACUGUCUGGCCGACCCGCUGCUGUACGGCUUCAUCACCAGGACGGGACAGGCUCAGCUCCGGCGGGUGCUGCUCUACUUUCGGGGCGGGAGACGGACGGACGACGAGGUGAAGACGGUGAGCGUGCCCGUGCAGACUCUCCCGGGAGGUUUGGGAGAAGAUGGAACUAGGGCUGAAGGAUGA